GUGGUGAGAAGGAAGGUCAGAGAGGCCGUGGUUUGUUUGUGAAAGCUGUUUCCCUCUUUUGAUGUGUGCACUGGUUUAACUGAAUCGUUGUGUUUUUUUGCACGGCGAUUCAGUUCAGAAUGAGAGCACUUUCGAGAGAAGAACUGCUAGGAAGAGUUCACUCUUCCCAAGAAAAGUUGCUCCGUGCUAAACCACCCACUUUUGGAUGUCAAUCAUGUCCAAUUCGCUUGAAACAAAGACGGGAUCUACCUGUCUUGGCGAGACUGCUCCCUGUCUCGCAGUCUCGCCACAGCGAGACCUUGGCUAGAGGACAUUCCUCAGUUCAGGGUGUGUCUUUGAAGGUACCAAAGGCAUGAGCAUCACCAUGAAUACGUUGGUUCAGUUGGUGAUGUUCAUCAGCUGCACCAGCGUUUGACGUGGACCCAACAUGUUCUCUGCAUAGCCACGAUUCACCCCUUUUUCAUGGCAACACUCUGGUGGUAGCAUCAGGAUUCAUAGUUGGCCUGAAAAACUCUUGGUCGGUUGAUGAAUAGGGCAUACCCCUGGUCGUGUACAACCAAGUUCGGUAUAUGAGGGUCGGACAUGGUCAGGACCGAACGGCCGCUUCCCGAAGACCUUUUAAAUUUUGCUUGAAACGGAGCCUGAGAUUCUCCCUCCCAGCGUGGGUUUUACACGCCUAGGCGCUUUUGGGCCCCGAAGGGCCCGAGACCUGCGUCUAGCCAUGGAUGCUGUGCUGGCGGUCUUUUGCGUGAUCACCGUGUGGUUACCGGUGCAUGUGCGGCUGACCCAGUCCGAUUUCGGAGAACUGCGACGAUGGCUCAGCUCGAUGAUGCAGCCGGAGGUCAAGGAUGGACUUAAGGAAACGAGGGCAGCCAGGAUUGAUGCGGAAAUGGUGAAGCUUCGCCAAAGAUAUUACAAGUCCAUCAGCAAAUGGGCGUGUCACAUGAACUUUUUCACCCUUUCUGGUUUGAUCUACGAAGCUUUUGCAACACCUGGGCUUGACACCUUUGCUUCUGCCUUCUUUUGUUUCUGUGGCUAUUUGCAGCACUUGAUGGUGGGGCAUGACUUGGUGGAAUUGACCGCUCUUCGACUUCGGAUCCUCUCCUGCACGAUGCACGUGAUGUUGACCUUGCAAAUCAUCAGCACCGUGAGCGCAGCAAACUCAUUUAAGUUUGCCAUGAUGCAGGGUUUCCAGGUGGCCCUUCGUUUCUGCCCGGUCGUCCUGUUCUUGGACCCAUGGAUCACCAUUCCCUUCCAAUUCAUCUACACAGCCGUGGACAUGUCGGUGUACCUCUUGGUCUUCGACAAGUCUUCUUUGGAGUUGGGGCCAUUAUGUGUGAGUCAAUUCUUCAUCCUAGUGGCCACUGUGGCCUCGAGCAUUUUUAUCGACCGCUUGCUCCGUGGUCGCUUCGAUGCUUUGCUGCACACCACCGAUGCCGAGUGCCUGGUGCAGAGCUUCCGACGGGUCUUGAGAGGUUUAUGUGAUGGAGAGGUGCUCUUGGACAGCCAGAUGAACGUGGCACAGGAAAGCGAGGGGCUGAAGCACUUGAUCUUGACGGAUGUGAGUCUUCGGGGUCGAUCCUUUCAACAGUUACUCGUGGAGGACGAACGGACUCACUUCGGACACUUCAUGGAGAACUCUACCCGCGCCCUGCACACCACGACGUCCCAGCUUGACGCCCUUCCCCUUGGCUGCCGCCUCCGCUUUCGCGGCUCCGCAGGUAUCGGAGUUGCAGCUGACAUUUUUCAUGUCCCAGUACCAGGGCUUUUUGGUUCCAGCGAUCCUUAUCACUUGAUCGCCUUCAAAGAGGAUUCAGAUUCCCGUCCGUUGCCGGAUUCGGUCGAUGAUGCAAUACCUUCAGAGCUUUGCUGCUUGAGCCCUUCCAGUUUUUCAAGUCGUCGACUCGAUGCUGCUUCCUCUGGAAGCGCGCGGAGUGUGGAGAAUGCUUGUCCAGAGCUCCAAGAGAUGUUCUUGCUGGUGGACGUGACGACAGAGCUUCAAGAUAUUCAGCAGGCCCAGCUGAACUUUCUGCGUGACAUGUCAUCGGAAACAUCCUCCUUGCACUCCAGCAUGCCCAGCUUGCGGAAGCUCGUGAAGCCGACGGACUGGGAGCAAGUUCGCAGCUCCGUGGCGCGCUUCGCCCGCAAGGCACAGCGCAGUGAGGCCACUGGAGGAACGAAUCUUCCGAAGGGGUUGAGAGGGAUGAGCGUGCAGUUGCCGGGACAAAGUGGAUGGCUCAUCCCAGAAGAGGCCACGCUUCACCACGUGCCAAAUUCUCAGAAGGUAUGGCUUUACCUGAAGGGUCUACGCCCCGAGAAGAAGCCUCGGCGCUUGCCCACCUUGGAGGAGAUCCAUGAAGUCCCGCCCGACCGCCCGGAGCGCGGCCUACGCCGUAGACGUUCCGAGGCCCGGAACGGGCGUGAGACGAGCGAGUCUCACGGCUCUUCGUUGUAGGCAGUGAGUCGCAACGGAGGACCUGCCACCCAUUCCAAGCGCCAGAAUGCGACCUGACGCCUCGUUCGACUCUACUCGUAGCAUCGAGGUGAAGAAA